AUGGAACCCACACACCUUGGAUACUCGACGAAGAACAUCCCAAUAGCACAGCCAGACGUAUACCUGAGAUGCCUGAUUGAAAAAACUCAAAACUUCCUACAACGCAUGAGAUGGAAGGCAUAUCAUUUCUUCAACCCAAACAUCGCACCGACACAAAAAGAGACAUUCGGAUUUAAGACCACAAAAUCACCACCACCAAUUAACGAACUGCGCGACUUCGAAGAAAGAAUGUUAUCACUUGUUCAGAAUACUAACUUCCAACACUCAACCUCCACCUUCCAAAACAAUCUACGCCAAGAUAUGAACAAAAUCAAAAAAGACAAUAUGCUAUUUGUGCCAGCCGAUAAAACAACUAACUUUUACCGCAUUAAUCCGGACACAUACGAACAUCUCCUCCAAAGUAACAUAACCAAAAACUACAAGAAAGCUUCACCAGACGCAAAAACCAAAAUCAUUAGGGAGGAGAAAUCAAUAGCGAAAGACCUCAACCUUGAAAGCAGAAUCGACGCUCUAGCCGAGAAAGAUUGCUUCAUCACACUAAAAGACCACAAACCAAACUUCAACAACAACCCGACAUCGCGACUCAUCAAUCCAACAAAUCGAGAUUGGCAUCAUCAGUAA